GCCCCAAAUCGGCUUACUCUCGCGCGGCCAGGUUCUCCGAGGUCUCGAUAUAAAAGCGAAUAUAUGAUACUUUUGAGCGACCAUUUAGAUCUUGAAGCCGGUCGCGAGUCAGUCGCGUGGACGGAACGUGUCCCAUUGUCUGUGUGCGUGUGUGCGUGUGUGAGAGAGAGAGAGUCUCUGGUCGCGAUGCCGCGGAAACUAUCGAUUGUGGUGUUGCUACUUCUGGCGAUUUCGCUAGCUCAUGGGUACGACCGGAACGUACCCCGGACGUACAAUCUAGAGUCCGAGGAGGACCGCUAUGGGCGGUACGAGCGGGUUCUACUGGGUCUCAAGACUUCCGAGGGGCUCACCGUGGACGCCAAACUGUUGGACAAGGUUCGCGAGGUGAUCUUCGAAGAGGAGUCUCAGCAGCAAAUGAAGCAUGGAGAACGGCUUGUGGCGGUACAUUUGGGAAGGCCUAAACAGUCCCGCGAGGUGGCCAAUUUGCAGUAUAAGAACAGGAUUCGGUAUUGAGUUUGGAAUGUUUGCUGAGGGAAGCUUAUAAGAGCCAGUACAAAAUUAUAUUAGAAUAUGUUAACCAAAUUUUACUUAUAAUGCCAAAUUAUACCAUUUAUGAUAAAAAUUUAAAUAAAACAUUCUGUUACUAAAAA